CGUAAACCUCUCUCUCAAAUUCGACUGAGUGUUUUUAUGUCCCUUGGAGUUGGACAAAUUAUCUUCCUCGCUGGAAUAAACGCCACAGAAAACAAAGCUGCCUGUGUUACGAUAGCAGUUCUGAUGCAGUAUUUCUUGAUGGCCGCUUUCUGUUGGAUGCUGAUCGAGGGAAUUUAUCUCUACUUCUUCGUUGUGAAAGUUUACAACAUUAACACCAAGAUGUACAUGUAUCAUGUCAUCUCAUGGGGUCUUCCAGUGAUCAUGGUGGCCAUUUCACUUGGCAUCGCUGCUGGAAAAGAAGGGUUACAAAGAUAUACGAGUGAUAAAUGUUGCUGGCUUUCCUCAACUAAUAACCUGAUCUGGAUAUUUGUCGCCUUUGUGGCUUUUAUUGAAGUCCUCAACAUUUUGAUACUCCUACGAGUAAUAAGUGAGAUGAGCAAUUUGUUGCAGCCAACAGGGGCAGACCACCAUUUUCAGCAAAUACGUCUUGGCAUCAAAACAUGCGCGGUGAUGACUCCCCAGCUGGGUGUCACGUGGCUAUUCGGUCUCCUCUCGCCUGUACAUAAAGUUUUCGCUUACAUCUUCACCAUACUUAACUCUACUCAGGGUUUCCUGAUUUUCGCUUUACACGGUUUGCGAAACACUCAGAUCAGAGAGCGAUUUGAAAGAAAGAUGAACAUCGUUUUUCCAUCUUCCAUAAAGGGAAACUCCACAAGGAAGAGCUCACAGGUCAAUCCAAAUGAGGUUGGGAAUGUAUGGGCAAUUUAAUUGCAGUCAUGUGCUGAAUUUAAAUCGAAAUUGUACUUAAGUUAAAUAACUUGAUUCAGCCAAUCGGAAAUAACAACCAAAUACUUAGAACAAUCACUUAGUUAACAGCAAUAAGUCGCUUACGAUCGGUCUGAGUUACGAUCUGCAGGUAAAAAGAGGUCUGUUUCUCCAUUAUUGUUUGAGCAUUCAACUAGUUGUCUUUGAAACCUAUCAUUUUUAUGAUAAUAAGUUUAUUUUCUAGGCGAUCGUAUAUUUCCAGGCAAGAAUCAUCGAAAUAGACCAAUCUAUAAAUUUAAAUUCCUAAUGGCUCCGUAUGCUGAUGACUGCUUUGUUUCACUUACUUAGUUUACAAACUUCUUAUCAAACAUGUUAUUAUUUUUAACUAUAAGCUAUGAAUAGUCACUGAAACUAUCAGUUUCCAGAAAUUUCUAGAAUAUUUAGUCAUGCUGACAUGCAUACAAAGGAACUUUUCUGCAAAAUUUUAUUAGGUUACGUAGCUAUGGUGUAACACCACUAAAAUGGUUGUUGUAAGCUUCCGGAAUUAUCUGGAACACUUUGUACAAAAGGACUCAAUCGUGCAGCAGUAGUAGUUGUUCUUGUCGGGAGUG